ACAAACUUGUAACCCUACUGAGUUGAGGUCGAGUCGCCAUGUCAUUUGAAAAAGCCCGGGCACCGCGACCCCUCACUCUCUAACAGAGUCUCUUCGUAAGAACUCUCUCUCGCUCUACGUUCUUUAGUAAACCUGCACUCUCUCUCUUCGUUAAGGAACUCUCUCUCUAGUUUUAGAGAGAGACAGGCGCAAUGUUCUGUCUAAGCCUCUUGGAGCACACCUUCCGCCUGCCCGCAGAGCUCGUCGCUCUCCCUCUUCCACAAUCCAUUAGGGGAGAGCUCGAGAAACUCUUUCUAGACAAGGUUAUUCCCAAUUUGGGUCUCUGCAUCUCUGUCUAUGAUAUAAGGUCCAUUGAAGGAGGCCUAAUCUGGCCUGGUGAAGGUUCUCCUACUUAUAAGGUAACAUUUAGGCUUGUUAUGUUCCGGCCUUUCAUGGGAGAGAUUCUUGUUGGAAAUGUUAAACGAUUAGACAAGGAUGGCUUACAAGUGUCUUUAGGGUUCUUUGAAGAUGUUCAUAUACCUGCAAAUCUUUUUCCUCAACCAUCCCGAUUUAUGGAGGAUGGCACUUGGGAAUGGGAUUGGGAUGGGAAUGAGCAGUACAUUUAUCAUUUUGAGAAGAUCCGUUUCCGUGUGCACACUGUUGAAUAUCCUACCAUUCCAAUUGAUCAAAAAGCUAAUGCAAAACCAUUCGCUCCUAUGGAGAUAAUUUAUUUGUGCAGGGCACUAUCCAUGAUGAUGGUUUGGGUCCUGUUUCAUGGUGGGAAGACUGAGAGCUUUUGUCAUUCUGCAAGGUUGAGGGAUGGGAACCUGAAAUCUGGAGGUUCAGAUCUUUAAAUUAUUAGAUUGUGGAGCCAUUGUUGCUGUUUUGCUCAUUACUAUGUGGCUUUCAGUGAAGGGAUGCUGAUUUUCAACCAGCCAUAUAGUUUGCCGUCCUAACCAAUGUACAUGCUCUUAUGUUGAGAUUCAUUUGUUAUAAAUGGAAACCAUGUUUUUAAGAACUGUAUUCGAUUCUAUAUCUUUAAAUGCUUUCUAGUGUGUUUAUUCUGUUGACACUAGUCUUUUAUCUGUUAACAAUUUCAUGUUA